AUGCUGGAACGAAGAAGGCCUGAGAGUAUAACAAUGGCAGACAACGGCAGUAGCGAUGCACCAGCAGCCGCUGGAGAUUCCAAUGUUGAAUACAUCAAACUGAAAGUAGUGGGACAGGACUCGAACGAAGUUCAUUUCCGCGUGAAGAAUGGAACUGCAAUGGGCAAGCUGAAGAAAUCGUAUGCAGAUCGUACCGGUGUCGCUGUUUCAUCCUUGCGCUUCCUGUUCGACGGUCGCAGAAUCAACGAUGACGAUACCCCAAAGACGUUGGAAAUGGAAGAGGACGAUGUAAUUGAGGUUUAUCAAGAACAGCUUGGUGGAUGUUAUUGAGACCUCCUUUGGAUUUCACAACCGGUAUUCAUCGUAUCUCGCAUCUUUUGUUUGUUCUCAUUCCUACUUCGCUACUGUUAACGAUUGUACAGAAGAACCUAAUCCCAUCUGCUAUAUAUUGGUUCUUUAUAUAU